AUGAUAUGUGGCGGCUGCAUUGCGGCGAAGGACGGGGAGGAGAGGGCCGGGCUCGGGGCGGAGUUUCGGAAAGUGGUGUCGGAGAUGACGGAGCUCGUAGGUCGGCCCAAUGUUUCGGAUUUUUUUCCGGGUUUGGGUCGGUUCGAUUUGCAGGGUAUAAAGAAGCAGAUGGAGGGGCUGGUGCGGAGGUUUGAUGGGAUAUUUGAGCAGAUGAUUGGUCAACGGCUGAGGAUGGAGGAGGAAGGCGCGAAAGAGACUCAAGAUUUUGACUUUUUUGUUGAAAUUGAAAGAGGAGGGAGGAGAUUCCAAGACGCCUCUGACCAUGACUCACAUCAAGCUCUGCUCAUGGCCAUCCCCAACGGGGGCCUUAAAUGGGGCUGUACCAUUGGGCCUAAAAAAUAUAGAGCUCAAAUGCCAGAAGGCAUCCCAACAGAAUUCUAUAGUGAGGAUCUAAUAUAUGACCUUUAG